AUUUUAGCCCCGAAAUAGCGAGUUUUGGACACAAACUUCGGCCCGAAUUUAGGCCCGACCCGACCAAUGGGUAAUUUUUUUUGACCCCGGCCCGAUCCGGCCCAUGAUCACCUCUAUGUGAUACCACCCCGAGUUAUUAUAUUAGCAGCAAAAAAAAAAAAAGCAAUAUCUUGUAGGUUACCCAAAGAUCAUAAAUACUCCCCUCUCACACGCUAAUACACCAAAUAGUAGUAGCAACUAGCAAGCAAUAAAAACCAUUUAAUACACCUUCAACUUCCAACCCACACACCUAUUUCUUUUUCUUUCUUCAUUCAUCUUUACCUCUUUUAUUCACACUUUAGUUUCACAAUAACACCACAAAAAAACAUCACAACAAUCUCUCUCUUUUCCUCUCCCAACCGUUGGCCAACCCUUACCCUCCCUCCCAAAAAGUCAAUUCUCUUCCCUCCAUAUAAAUCCCCCAUAUAUACCACUUCCUCCAAAACACAAACUUCAUCAUAUAUAAAACCAAAAAAAACCCAUAAAAAAUGGGUAAGUUUCCUUGCAUAACACAAUGCAACCCAGAAAAAAAAUCAUACAAAUCAGUAGCAGCAGAUUUAGAUGGAACCCUAUUAAUCUCAUCAUCAUCUUUUCCAUACUUCAUGUUAGUAGCAGUUGAAGCAGGAAGUUUAUUAAGAGGGUUUAUCUUACUUUUAUCACUUCCAUUUAUUAUAAUCUCUUAUCUUUUCAUCUCUGAAUCUUUAGCCAUAAAAACUAUGAUCUACAUAACUUUUUCUGGUUUAAAAGUGCGCGAGAUUGAGCUAGCUGCUCGUGCUGUGCUCCCUAGAUUCUAUGCAGCUGAUGUGCGUGCGGAGAGUUGGGCUGUGUUUGAUAAAUGUGAAGGGAAGAAAGUUGUUGUUACGGCUAAUCCAACAAUAAUGGUGGAAACAUUUGUUAAGGAGUAUUUAGGUGGUGAUAAAGUGUUGGGGACUGAGAUUGAAGUUAAUCCUAAGACUAAGAAAGCUACUGGAUUUGUUAAAGGAAGAGGUGUUUUGGUUUGGGAGAAGAAAAAAGAAGUUGUUUUGGAAGAGUUUGGAGAGAAUGAUUUGCCUGAUGUUGGUCUUGGUGAUAGGGAAUCUGAUCAUGAGUUUAUGUCUCUUUGUAAGGAAGGAUACAUGGUACACAAAGACAAAUCCGCAAAACCAGUACCACAAGAUCGACUAAAAUCACGCAUAAUCUUCCAUGAUGGACGGCUAGUACAACGUCCGGACCCACUAAACGCAUUAAUAACCUAUAUAUGGAUGCCAUUUGGCUUCAUCCUAGCCAUUUGUAGAGUUUACUUCAAUCUUCCACUACCUGAGCGUAUCGUAAGCUAUACAUACGCCCUCAUGGGAAUAAAACUCGUCAUACGUGGUAACAUUCCACCUGCACCUUCACCUGGGUCCCCUGGAAACUUAUACGUGUGUAAUCACAGAACUGCACUUGAUCCUAUUGAAAUUGCAAUUGCACUUAAAAGAAAACCUUCAUGUGUUAGUUAUAGUGUGUCCAAACUUUCAAGGUUGAUAUCUCCAAUUCCUACGGUUGCUUUGACUAGAGAUCGUGCUAUUGAUGCUAAAAUGAUUCGUAGUUUGCUUGAGAAGGGUGAUUUGGUUGUUUGCCCUGAAGGGACUACUUGUCGUGAGCCUUACUUGCUUCGUUUUAGUGCUCUUUUUGCCGAAUUGAGCGACAGAAUUGUUCCGGUGGCAAUGAACUGUAAGCAAAACAUGUUCUAUGGGACAACAGUAAGAGGUGUAAAGUUUUGGGACCCAUAUUUCUUCUUCAUGAACCCAAGACCAACGUACGAAAUGACCUUCCUAGAUAAGCUGCCGGCGGAGAUGACGGUGCAAGAAGGAAAGACACCGAUCGAGGUGGCGAAUCAUGUGCAGAAGAUGUUGGCAGGGGUGCUAGGAUUUGAGUGCACACAACUCACUAGGAAGGAUAAGUACUUGUUGCUUGGUGGAAAUGAUGGCAAGGUUGAAUCUAUUCAUGCUGCUAAGAAGUCUAGUUAAUUACAAUUAAUUAAUCAUGGAUUUGCUUAAAAGAUUAUAAAUUAUAUUUAGUCUUGGUUUUUGGUUGAUUGGUGAAAUUGGAAAAAUAUUAUCGGGAGUGCAAAUUUAAUGAUUAUUACUAUUGAUCGUUGUAGACU